AUGUCUUCCACACAAGUUUAGUAGAAAAUCCCAACAAUUUAAGAUUAUAUACAAGCUUCUCCUUUACCUCUUCUAGGAUUUCUAGGAGGUUUAGCAGCUUCAACUGCCGAAACUCUUACUUUUGCAUUUGAUAACAUCAAGACACGUAUGCAAAUGAAUGGAAAAUAAGGAAUGCCAACUUAUACUGGAUUUGGAGAUUGCAUCAAAAAGACUUUGAAUACUUCAGGCUUUAGAGGAUUCUAUAAAGGUCUUUCAGCAGCACUCUUUAGACAAAUCACUUAUUCUAGCGUUAGAAUGUGGGUUUACGAAAACAUCAAAAGAGCUUACUUCUAAUCUGACCCCUCAUUCUUAACUAAAUUAGCUGCUGGUGGCUUUGCUGGAGCUGUUGGAUGCCUCGUUGGUACACCAGGGGAUGUAUUCAAAAUCCGUCUUAUCAAUGAUAUGCAAGGUUUAAAGUAUAAAGGACUGAUAGAUUGCGCAUAAAAAACUUUCUAAGCUGAUGGCUAUAUGGGAUUUUUAAAAGGGCUCAAUGUUAACAUCGCCAGAGCAAUAGUAGUUAACGCUGCUGAAUUAGCAAGUUACGAUUAAGCUAAAGGAUUUUUAGUUAAUCAAUGCUAAUUAAGAAGCGAUUCUCUCUGGACCCACUUCUUAGGUUCAACAGCUGCUGGUUUUAUGGGCGCAGUAUGUAGUAGUCCGGUUGAUGUCAUUAAAACUAGAUUUAUGAAUCAAGUCUCAACUGAAGGAGCGUUAGCAUAUAAAUCUGCAACAGAAUGCGGUUUAAAAGUAUUAAAGACAGAAGGAUUUGGAGCCUUCUAUAAAGGAUUCUUAAGUUAUUUCUUAAGAAUUGGACCCUGGAAUGUAUUUUUCUUUAUGGCAUACGAGUAAUAUAAAGCUUUCGCGCUUCCAAGACUUGUUAAAUUUUGA